AUGACUAGUUUAUUAGUACAAUUAUUGGCUUCAAAUUCAUUAACUGGGGACAAUUAUGCUACAUGGAAAUCAAGUUUGAAUACAAUACUAGUGAUAGACGAUUUAAAGUUCGUUUUGACAAAGGAAUGUCCUCUCAUCCCAACCUCAAAUGCAAAUCGAAUUGUUCGGGAUGCAUAUGAUAGAUGGACAAAGGUGAAUGAGAAAGCCCGUGUCUACAUUCUUGCCAACAUAUCUGAUGUCUUGGCUAAGAAACAUGAAAGCAUGAGUACUUCCAAAGAGAUUAUGGAGUCUCUGCGUGGGAUGUUUGGACAACCGUCCUUCUCCCUGAGGAGAAAAUCUCAGAAAGACCAGUGGGAGAUUUUGGAGUUGUUGACAAAAGAUGAAUCCGGUUACGUUUAUUAA